AGUAAUAGUAGGAGUACUAUACUACGAAACAACCCAUGCGCAUCUCCUUCCCAAACAUAGGGGGAGACCGCUCCAGUCUCCACCGUCUACCUCCCCUCCAGUCGCCAGACGACGCCACCUCCGCGGCCUGCCGCUGCCCGUCGGCGGAAUGGUUUGCGCCCCGACGGCGGGGGUGGAGGUGCUGCCGCCUCGCGGUCGCGGGGGUGUCUCCGCCCAGCGCUCCUGGCCGCCGAGCUGCGGCCGCGUCGCCGAGAACGGCGACGGCGAGAGGGGCGUCCAGGGAACGGCGGACGAGGCGGCCGGCCACGCGGGCGUUUCCUCUGCGGCGUGCAACGGCGGGCUCCCGCGCGACCCCCCUCAGCCGCAGCCGCCAGGCGUCGGGGAUGCGCGCCCCUCUGAUGGCCAGGCAGAGGUCAGGGCGCUCGAUGUGAUGCCGCUGGCGUUCGCCGUCCCACGGAAAUGUGCCGUUGCUCCUGCUAAUGGCUCCAUGGAAGAUGGCGGUCAUAUGGCCGAAUCGUUGAAUGUGGAGGGGCAAUUGGUCAGGGAUGAGGAUGUUGUUAUUGGCAAUGGAGAUGGCAGUGUUGUGGGAAGCAGAGUGGGCGACGGUGAAUUGGAGAGGGAGGAGGACGAGAGCAGAAAGAAGAGGUGGUCGGCAUCUGUCAUGAAUCCGCCUCCCAAGAGGAGAGCGGUCUCAGCCAAGCGCAGAUUUCCGCCUGGCUGUGGGAGUGUUGCUGCUACCGGCAUCGGCGUCGGAGGUUGUGGUGUUCCUCCGAUGUUGAAGCGAGAUGAUUCUAAUCACGAAACAGAAAGCAAAAGAGAAGAGGUCGGAGGUGCCACCGAGGCACACAAUGAUAUGCAAGAAUCUCAAGUCGUCAAUUGUGUUGCUCCAGAUGAUUUUGCAGACCGUCCACGAAAUUACGUUGGUCAUGGUGCUUCUCCGAUUUUGAGGCAAGAUGAUUCCAAUCACGAAACAGAAGGCAAAAGAGAAGAGGUUGAAGGUGCCACCGAGGCACACAAUCAUAUGCAAGAAUCUCAAGUCGUUAAUUGUGUCGCUCCAGAUGAUUUUGCAGACCGUCCAAGAAAUUAUGUUGGUCAUGGCACCUCUCCGAUUUUGAGGCGAGAUGAUUCUAAUAACGAAACGGAAGGCAAAAGAGAAGAGGUCGGAGGUGCCACCGAGGCACACAAUCAUAUGCAAGAAUCUCAGGUCGUCAAUUGUGUCGCUCCAGACCGUCCACAAAAUUAUGUUGGUCAUGGCGCUUCUCCGAUUUUGAGGCGAGCUGAUUCUAAUCACGAAACGGAAGGUAAAAGAGAAGAGGUCGGAGGUGCCACCGAGGCACACAAUCAUAAGCAAGAAUCUCAAGCCGUCAAUUGUGUCGCUCCAGAUGAUUUUGCAGACCGUCCACAAAAUUAUGUUGGUCAUGGUGCUUCUCCGAUUUUGAGGCGAGAUAAUUCUAAUGUGGAAAUGGAAGGCAAAAUAAAAGAGGUUGGUGGAGCUACCGAGGCACACAAUCAAAAGAUCCAAGAAUCUCAAGUCGUCAACGUUAUUGUUCAAGAUGGUUUUGCAAGAGGCCAACACGGCCAUGAUAAUCCACUAAAUGAUGUUACAAGUGACUCACCAAGACAUAGUUUCUUGGAGCAGAUGAAUGGUAGAAGAGUAUUACGUGAAAGGAAGCGCGCACCGCUAGUAGCGAGGAACGCUGAGAUUAGAAGCAAACGCGAAGGACGCUUGCAUGAAGGCACUCCGAGGACUCAUCCGAGAGGCCCUCUUAAUGUGAAGAGAAAGGGCAAGAGUUCAGAGAUUGUCAAGAUCAAUGUGAUAUUGGUAGAUGAUGCACGUGUGCUUGACGUGAUACGCUCGGCAUCUAAGUGUGGAGACCAUGUUGCGACCGAUCAAAUUGAAGAUAAGGAUGGUGUGGGCCUUAAUACUAAUAGGGUAAUUAUACAAGCAUUGAUGGCUCCAGACAAAUGCCCUUGGACGCAACGAAAGAAAUCUAUUGGUAGUGUUCCUAAAUCGCUUGCUCCUAGGAAAAAUGUGAAGAAGGUUGCUACUCCAAGGAAAGAAUUGCGCUCCAAAGUUACCCCUUCUACAUCGGCUAGGCGCAAGGCAAGAGAGGAUGGAGAAGAUUCCUUAGAAGAUGAUGAGAAAUCUUUGGCAGUACUUGCGCAUGAAAGAAAUAAUAAAUCAUGCGUCAACAUCCCUCGAUGUGCUCCUUCAGAUGACUUGAGUGUUGAUACCCGAAGCAAAAUUACGAAGAUUGAUGAGAGAAGUCGAUUGCGCGAUCCAAAGGAUAUACCACUUGUAGGGGGGGUUGGUGAUGUAAAAAACAAAUGUGAAGGAAGCUUGCAAGAAGGUACUUCGAGGACGCAUGUGAGAGCUCUUGUUAAUGUGAAGACAAAGGGCAAGAGACCAGAUAAUGUCAAGGUGAAUGGGAUAUUGCUAGAUGAUAGGAGGGUCUUUGAAGAUGACAAGACAGGAAACCAGAUUUCAAGAACUCGAAGAGGAGUGGCGCGCUCCUCAAAUAUUAAAAACGUGAAGAAAGGCUUGUUUGCUCAUAAGUUAAAGCACGAUGGCAUCAGCAAGGACUCUGGGAAUAGGUUCACGAAGGAAUCUAAGUGUGGGGAUCAUCUUCCGACCGAUCAAAUUAAAGAAAAUGAUAAUGUUGGCCUUGUCACCAACAAGAUGACUGUAUUAGCAUUGAUGGCUCCUGACAAAUGCCUGUGGACAGAAGGGAAGAGGCUUAUUGCUGGUGUUUCUCAGUCUCUCACUUGUAGGAAUAAUAACUCUCUUACCGUUCGUGAAGGCCUUUGUUUGCCUGACAUAUCUCAAGGAAAAGAGAGCAUUCCCAUAUGUGUGAUCAACACAAUUGAUGGCGUGCUGCCAACGCCAUUUAAGUACAUUACCAAAGUCAUAUAUCCGCCCUCAUAUGCAAAAGCACCUUCAGUAGGCUGUGACUGCACUAACGGUUGCUCGGACUCUAGUGAAUGUGCUUGUGCUGUGAAAAAUGGAGGGGAGAUCCCAUUCAAUUUGAAUAGCGCAAUUGUUUAUACAAAGCCUCUCAUAUAUGAGUGUGGCCCAUCAUGCAGGUGCCCGCCAACAUGCCACAAUAGGGUGAGCCAGCACGGCCCCAAAGUUCCACUGGAAAUAUUCAAGACCGGGAAGACAGGUUGGGGCGUAAGAUCCCUCAGUUUUAUCCCUUCAGGUAGUUUCGUAUGCGAGUAUGUAGGUGAGGUAUUGCAAGAGACAGAAGCUGAGAGGACAGAAAAUGAUGAAUACCUUUUUGAUAUUGGUCGUGACGAUGACGAUGAUGAAGAAGAAGAAGAAGGUUCAGAAUCUUCUAAAUCCGAGAUGACGGCGGAAGGCUUGGGCUAUACAAUAGAUGCUGCAAAGUGUGGUAAUGUUGGAAGAUUCAUCAACCAUAGCUGCUCUCCAAACAUGCAUGCACAGGAUGUUCUCUGGGACCAUGAUGAUAGGAGGAUGCCGCAUGUUAUGCUUUUCGCCGAAAAGAAUAUCCGUCCUCUACAAGAGCUUACUUACGAUUACAAUUAUAACAUAGGUAAUGUGCGCAAGAAUGGCAAGGUGAAGGAGAAGAAAUGCUUUUGCGGUUCGUCGAAGUGCCGCCUCAGGCUUUACUAAGGUAUCGGUGACUGGUGAUGGUAAUGUUCAUAUUUCGGCGGAACGCAGUCCUGUCAGCGUAGUGCUCCUUGGUCUUUACUCUCCCGGUCACCUUGCAGUCGUUGAUGGCUUGUGAUGUUUUUUUCUUGCUACCCUAGCGUUGAAUUAGUACUGCUUUUUAAAGAGCUGCAUUAGCUCAUUCUGCUGUUAGUUUUAUUUUCAGAACCGAACCUGUACUGGGUACAUGAGUUCUGGCUGUAGCUUUUCUCUGUCACAAAUUUUACAUAAUCAAGCAUUCUUGCUGUCCUUUCAA